CUCUUCUCCCCUCCCUUCCCGCCUGCGCAUCCCUCUUCCUCACCGUCUCCAACCCCUGCCUAAAACCCUACCUGCCAUGGCGCCGCAGACGCCUCUCUUCCCUCCCGCCGCCUUCGACCGCAGUGGCGGCCUCCCUCCCUGCGAACCCACCCGAUUCUCUUCCAACCCUACCUUCGACCAGGGCUUCCUCGCGGCGGCCUAUGACGGCGACCUCCGCCUCGUCAAGAGGGCGGUGAGGACGGUGGGCAGAGGCGCGGAAGGCCGCCGCCUCGCCGAGAAGCUGGGGGCCGUCAGGGACGGCUACGGCACUGGCUUGUUGCACACCGCCGCCCUAGGCGGCAGCCUGCCCGUGUGCCGCUACCUGGUCGAGGACCUUCAGCUGGAUGUCAACGACGUCGGCCCGGGGGGCGAAACACCUUUCACCUUUGCGAUUGCCAAUAAGGAUGUGGGUUUGGUGCGUUACUUCCUUGAUCAAGGUGCUGAUGUACACAAGGGCACCGACACUGGCAGUCCUCCUCUCCAUCUUGCUGCCGGAGAAGAAGGAAGCUGUGAAAUAGUAGAACUCCUACUAUCCAAAGGAGCUGAUGUUGAUGCAGUACAUUUUGGUGGGACAGCACUCCAUCUUGCUGCCCGUUUUGGGCGGGAUGAUAUCAUGAAGGUUUUACUGGACCACCAUGCAGACCAUACGAUAGCUUUGGGUGGUACUGGUUAUACAGUGCUUGUUCUUGCUACUAUUAUGGGCUCACUGAAAUGCGUGAAGGUCCUGCUUGAGGCUGGUGCUGAUGUGGAUGGUACUUGUAAAGAGACACCCUUAAUGAUCGCUACCACUCAUGGUUCAACUGCCAUCCUUAAGUGCUUAGUUCUGGCUGGUGCAGAUGCUAAUAUUCCUGACAGUCUAGGACGUGUUCCUAUAGAAAUUGCUGCCCGCUCUGGUAGGCGUGAAGAUGUUGAGGUUCUAUUUCCGGUCACUUCUCGUAUCCCUAGUGUACGUGACUGGAGUGUUGAUGGAAUCAUGAACCAUGUAAAAUCAGUGCGCCCAGCGAAGAAAGCGAUGCUUGCUAGUGCAAAAUUUAGAGCGCAUGAGGCGUUCAAGAAGGGGGACUAUCUUGUUGCAGCAAAAAUUUAUGCAGAGGCAUUGGAUCUUGACCCAGGCAAUGCAACCAUGCUUUGUAAUAGGAGCCUAUGCUGGCUUCGCUAUGGUGAUGCGAAGGAGGCCUUGAAGGAUGCUCAAGCGCUCAGGACGAUGCGACCUGGCUGCCCAAAGGCCUGUUAUCGUGAAGGGAGUGCUCUAAUGUUACUGAAGGACUAUAAGAAGGCAUGUGGUGCACUUCUUGAUGGUCUUAAACUGGAGCCAGAGAAUGUCGAGAUCGAAGAUGGGUUACGGGAGGCUUUGGAAUCCUUGAAGGUAGAUCGAGGCAGUAGCCAACUCGACCAGCAUCGGUAUGGGAAAGGUGUACUUGCCUGAUUGAUUUGCGCUGCUCAGUGAAGAAACGGAGGUGCCCUGUUUUUCUGCCCCAUAACUGAAGGCUAUGAAUGAGAUGAGACAAGUUGGUUAGGUAAUUUUAGAUGGCCUUUUCGCUGGUCAUCAAACUACCAAGUCCGUUGACUCACUAGAUGCCCUGAAUUUCCGGAACAAAUGUUGGUCUGUAUACAUGUUUUUUUGGUGGCUCCUUUGGGAUCUAUGUCAAGCUAAUGAUCAUUGUCCAUAUAGCCUUCAACGAGAAUGAACCAUUGUUUUUCA